UUUUAGAUGAAUCCUCUCACGAAUAUUCGCAAUCAAAACAAGCUAAAUGAGAGGGAAUUGAAGUUGGGUAUUGCUGGCGAUUUGGGGAAGUCAUGGCAUCAGCGUUAUAAGGAUUCUGCUUGGGUUUACAUUGGAGGUCUGCCUUAUGAUCUCACUGAAGGAGACAUAAUCACUGUUUUUUCACAGUAUGGUGAAGUCAUAAACAUCAAUCUGCUCCGACAUGCUGAUACUGGUAAAUCGAGAGGAUUCUGCUUUUUGUGCUAUCAAGAUCAGCGCAGUACCGUGCUUGCCGUCGAUAAUCUUAAUGGUAUCACACUGCUAAAGCGUCAGAUUCGGGUUGAUCAUGUUGAGCAGUACAAAGUGCCCAAAUAUAAGGAGAACGCUGACGAAGAAACUAAACGCUUGUGGGAAGAAGGAUGUGCUCCCAAACCUAUUCGUAGAACGGAAAUAGAGAAACUGCCCAAAGAGCCAGAAGAGGAUAUGGAAGAGAAAGUGAAAGAGAAAGUUUUGUCCUUGAAGGAAGACGAGGAACUCAAAGAGUUGAAGAGAAAAAUCAAGGAAGAUAAGAAGAGAAAGAAGAAAGAGAAGAGGGAGGCUAAAAAAGAAAAGAAGAAGUUGAAGAAACUAUUGAAGAGUGACGAGAAAAAUCUUGAGAAAGAUUGGAAAGAUCAGAGCAAGCUGUUCGACAAGACAGUCAAGGAUGAUGAGAUUUACGGACAAAAUAAGCACUUCAACUUUGGCAAAAAGAACGAGACGGUUGAAGAACCUACCCACAAUCCUCGUCCUGACUUUGAGAAGGCUGACUGGCGUGACAUCGAGAUCUGGAAAGCGAUUCGUGAACGGGAGAAAGCCGAACAGGGUGAGAAGGAGAGCGACUUCAAGCCCGAGGAGUACUACGUCUCGAAGCGAUAUCGAUAGCCGCGGAAGUGGGAUCUUCAGAUUUGUGCUCGCGCCGCUGCUAAACACAACCCAGAGUGGGGUGCAGGCGAGAUCGCAUCUGCUGGCCUUCCAUCAUUCGCUUCAGGCUGCACACGUGUCUCAACUGCGCUUUAUGCUCGGCUCGCGGGUCAGAGUGCGACAGCCGCCGCGAGCACUACUUAACCCUGUGUGUACACGUUGUGGUCAUUCUUUAACGCACAUUGUUGUGGUCAUUCGUUAGCCAGCAGCAUUGUGCUUGCUGUCUGUCGGGUAUUGUUGUACAUAUGCGCAUAUAGCCGAAUACACAUAGCAAAACUUGAGAAAUAAAAAUCUUGCAACGCAUUGUUA